AUGGUCGAGUUAGUGGUCUACAGUGCGACGGUUUUCAGCUCGACAAGCAGCGGCGUUGUUGGCGUCCGCUCCUCCCAUUCCCCCUCUCGACGACACCUUUUCUCCCGCAACGCUCCGAUCCUCCUCCGCCUGUUCUCCCUCCUGCCAACAUUGCCCCUCUCCACACCUCACCACCAACCUGUGCUGGCUGGCAAUCUGGCCAUGAGUGUCGAAGAAAACACGCCUCACAGGCGCUCGAGUAGCGCCUCGUUUGCUCAAAACAUGUCGAGGGACUUUCCCCAGCCAAACUCGGCCGCAGCCUUCGCCGGUGCCCGCAGUCCUCCCAAAGCAAAGAACACGUCGCAUGUGCCAUGCAAGUUCUAUCCAUUUGGCACCUGUCAAGCCGGCGCGGCCUGUCAGUUCUCUCACGAUAUGGANCCCCAUGACGCAGAAUGCGCCUUGCAAAUACUUUGCCAAGGUACCUGCGCCAUCGUCGCAUGUGUCUGCACUUGCAUGCCACUGACUCGCUAUACCAGGGCAGCUGUAGAUUCGGUCAAGGUUGCGCCCUCGCACAUAUUCUCCCCUGACGGUCGAGUCAUCAACAGGCCUCCUCGCGGCGGCCAGCCUUUCAACUACGGCCGCCGUGGUCCUCAACCCUACGCUCCUGCUCCACCAUCAUUGCUCACCAUGCAAGCCAACGAUUUGGCAUCGCAGCAGCAACAGCAGCCGCAAGAGGUGGGAUACCCAAAGCAAGAAGAGGUGCCAAAUCUUCCAAACCCCGCGCCAUACCUCCAGGCUUCACAGCCCCUCUCGUUAGACCCUAGCAACACUUUUGGCUCUCCUUUGAACGACAACCGCUUCGGGGCCUCGCCAAAUGCCAGAGGUCUGAGCGUGCUAGAUGCGCCUUUGCCUGGAUCUUUCGACAGUCAGGGCAUCUCACAUGCUGCACGUCACGGUCCGUUCGCUUCAUCUGUUCCUCCUCGUCUCGGCCAUGGUCUUGAGUCACCUCCUUCGUCCCUGCCGAACAAGGCGUUCCUCGGAAGCACUCUGCGCGGCCUCGGAGACACCACUCUCGAUGGCGUACUGGCAGGUUCCUCUCCUCCUACUUUCGAAGAGCCAAUGAGCUUUGGCAAGCGACCUUUGCACUCGGAGAGAUUUUCACGACCUAGACCUAUGAUGUCCGCUAGUGUCGGCACACGACCUUCGUUUUAUUCACACUUCCCACCAGACGCCACAGAUUCCGAGGAGAGUGAAGAGGAGGGUAUUGGCGAGGAUCUUCUGCCAUCGAGUCUGCAUGAGCUUCUACCUCCAGAAAAGUUGCGUAGACCCUCGCAGCAGAUUGACGAUGACAUAAACCCCUCCUUCCUGUCCGCUGGCCGUCGCGCAAUCUCGAAUGGACAGAUUCCUGUGGACAACAAAGUGGGAAGUGUUAGCCCGCAUACUGGCAGCCCUUCAAGAUACAGCUCAAUCUGGUCCUCGGGCUCAUACCGCAAGGAGGGAGAGAACGGGUUCGGCCACAUUGGAUCUCCACUCCGACCAUCGUCAUUGCGCUCCUCCUCGCUUGCCGGAGGCGAUCUCGGAUCCCUUAUCGGCAGCCCGCCUAAACAGGCAAGCAUGUCGAUGCUCACUCGUGAGCUACAGAGUACCAGAAUCUCCGAGAAAUCCCCUUCGUUGCUCCCCCGUACCUCUUCCAAUGAUUCCCGCGCUGCUCUGCGCGGAGGGCUCGACAGAGGAAUCAGCAGCAACAGCCUGGGCCGCAACGAGACGAUCGAAGAAGAGGAUCAGGGCUUGUUCUCUAUGGAAGAAGAAGAUGAGUUUGAGAGCUCAUCUAAGAAGCCUUCAGUCUCUCCUAUUGGUCUUUUGCCUGGAAAGAGCGAGCCUACUCUUGGGCCCAUUGGUGGGCAAAGAACCAAGUAA